UUGAAUUAUUUUAAUAAAAAUCUAAACAUGAGGCUCAAAUCUAAACAAUAGUACAAUUUGGUGUGAUUUAGCUCGAUAAGAUAUCAAAAAUAGACUAUGUGUUCCAGAAAAUCGUUUUAAAAGUAUCAAAUUUAAUAAUUUUAGUUAUAACCUCAAAAUGUUGAAGUACUCAUUAAGAAUAAUCCACAAUAAUUGCUUUUUAUUGCUGGGAAUCUGCGUGGGAUUAUUAAUACCUCUAAAUUUCGAAUAUUGCGCUUACGAAGAGGAUAACGCCGAAGUUUUUGGCUCGGUCGAAGCUGUAUUAAAAGUACAAAACAUAACGAGAAGACAAGUUGAGACCAAAUUGGUUCGCCCGAGGUAUUACUCAACGGAAUUAGGAAUAAAAGAUAAACUAUUCGUUGGGGUUAUAUCAUCGGAGGAUCGAAUACUAACCCAAGCGGUCCAUGUCAACAAAACGAUCGAACAUAUUGUGGAUAAAACGAAAUUUUUUAUUACGGCGACUCAAAACUUCAAAAAUAAAUUUUAUUUAUCAGGGAUCGUUGGGUUUACUGACACUCGAAGGGUUUUUCGCCCUUUUCAAAUAAUAAAAUACAUCGGGGAUAGCUUCGAUGAUUACGAUUAUUACUUUUUAAUGAACGAUUAUAAUUAUUUAGACGCGAGGCGCUUAAAAGAGAUUGUGAAUAAAAUUUCAGUGAGUAAUAAUGUUUAUUUGGGGGGAAAAACGGUCGGGAGUUUUUGUAGUUUAGAGUCGGGGAUAUUGUUUAGUAAUUCGGUGGUGAAAGCGAUGAUUGAAAACUUGGAUUGGUGCAUUAAAAACGUGAUUUCGGCGGAUGAUUCGGAGAAUUUGGGGAGAUGCGUUUAUUACAGCACUAAAUUAACGUGCCAAAUUUCGAUUCAAGAUCAAAAAAUUCAAAGUUUUAAGUUAAAUCAUUUCGAUUUAAACGAAAAGUUGUUUGAGAUUAAAAGUGAGGUUAUGAAUUCGGUUACGGUUUAUCCGAUUUUAAAUAAAAACGAUUUUUACACUUUACACGCGUUCUUUUCGAAGAAUCACUUAAAAGGAGUUAAAUCUGAGAUGGAUUUGUUAACGGUUAAAGUGGAUUCGUGGCCUUCGGGGAGACGAAAUGGAACGAAGCCGUUGACUCGGUUCGAUUUGCCAAAUACGAUUUAUUUUAAUAGGACCCACAAUUUUUUCCCGGAUCAUUUUAAUAACAUCCAAAAAUUUACUACAUCGGAAUCGGAGGAUAUCGAAAAAAUUUUGGAGGUUAUCACAAAAAAGGCUCCUAGCCUAAAAUUUCUUCGAUUAAUAAACGGAUACAAAAAGUUCCAAUUAAGCAGAGGGGUCGAUUACAGCUUCGACUUAAAAUUCCUCGACUUAAAAACGAAUAAGGAAGUUAUUAAACGGUACGAAGUUUGCAAACCGUUGGGGAACGUUGAGUUUUUAACCAAACCUUACACCACGGAAAACACGAAAAUUUUUAUUUUAGUUCCUGUGCAUGAAAACGAAUUAAACGAAGCUUAUUUAUUCCUAAAUAAUUUCGUUCCCAACGUUAUGGAUAAAAGGGAUAAGAUCGUAUUGAUGUUUGUGUUAUUAUACGGUUAUGAUUCAUCGAAUCGGGGCGAAACCGACGUUUUUAAGAAAGUUAAGGAGUUAGCUGUUGAGAUUUCGAGGAGAUAUCACAGCGAGGACACCAAAGCCGCUUGGAUUUCGAUCCGUUUACCCAAUAAUGAGGUCAAAAUUGGUUCGGCUCCAUCGUUGAAGUUUGGAAUUGUCGAUUUAUCUUUGCGAAAGAUUGGGUUGGAUGGGUUAAUUUUGUAUUUAGAUGUUUAUGCGCAAGUUAACGUUGAGUUUUUGAAUAGGGUUAGGAUGAACACCAUUGAUAAUUUCCAAACGUUUUCUGCGAUUCCUUUUCGCCAAUACAACCCGUUAAUCACAAAAAUCGAUCGGGUUGAGGUUCAUAAGAACGUGGGGCAGUUCGAUAAAGAGGAGUUUGAUUAUGUUUCGUUUUACGGGAGGGAUUACGUUAAAGCUCGUAAAUUGCACGAAUUAAAGUUACCGAUCGUUCGAGUUGAUGAGGAUUUAAUAAAUAUAAUCGACGAGGAUCAUAAACGUGUUGGGAACAUCUACGAGAUGUUUUUGGAGUUCUCGGAAGAUCAAAUUCAUAAUAUGCGGGCGACUGAUGCUGCGUUAUUCGUGAGAUACCACGAAAAAAAGGAUCGGAAUAACUUGUUUUUGGGGAAUAAAGCGCAAUUAGCUAAAGUUAUUUUAGAUAAGUUAUAAUAUUUAUUUACAAAUACGAUUAUACCAAUUUCCGAGAAAUAAACCUAUUUAAUUAAACCUUU